AUGGUAAGGGUUCAGGUGUUGUACUUCGCGCGCGCGAGGGAGGCGACGGGGGGCGUGACGGAGGAAUCGUUCGAGGUUGAAGGGGCGGCCGCCGACACCGACGCUCUGAGGGCCGCGCUCGUCGCGAAGCACCCGUCGCUCCAGUCGGUGCUCGAGUCGUGCGUGCUGGCGGUGAACCAAGAGUAUGCCACGGGAAACACCGCGCUGAGCGAGGGGUGCGAGGUGGCCAUCAUCCCCCCCAUCAGCGGAGGCUGA